GGGGGACUGUAGGUUUCUUGUCCAUGAUAACCGGUUUAACCCGUGGAGCAAAGGGGGCUUUCAUGUAAGCGCCCCAUCCACUAUAUAUGCCCCGCAGGCACCUAGAGUCCAUCUCCUGAUGCUCCCCGACCCCUCCUCAUACGUCUGUCUCGCUACCCAAACUGUUCUGUCACUCGACUUCCACAUCUUGGCAAGGAUCUGCAUUGUUGACUACUGUGGAACAAUUCUCUUUGAUUCUCUCGUACGGCCUACUGAGGAGGUCACUGACUGGCUCCCUGAAAGAACGGGAUUUGAUCCGUCGUACUUCACCUCCGAUGGACCAAUGGGUGUGAUCGAUUUCGAGAUAGCCCGCCAAGAAGCCGUCCGACAUGUGAAUGGGAAGACCAUUGUAGGGUACAAGUUAUGGCAAUCGUUGGACGUUCUCCGAUUAUCUCACCCUGCUGAUCUCACCCGCGAUGUCGCAACGUACUUUGCCUUUCAAACGGCUUUUCGUUCCCAGUCCGAUGACGAUGGUCUUCAGAAGCUUCUUCGAGAAUUCAUGCAUCGCACCAUCCAACAUGGCUAUGAGAACGCUGUGCGUAGGCUUUACUAUCCCCUCUCUCCUCGGUUUUGAGAAGACAGUUUUUGCUUGUUUGCGUUCUACUGACUGCCCCCUUUACUAAACGUCUUCCCAUUUGUUAUAUUU